AUAUCAAUAGUUAUCCAGUAAGCCUACAUUGAAGACUGGGCCCUGUCUCCAUCUACGGAAAUUACGACAGUGCACGUCUGUUUUCAAAAAAUAACCAUUGACAUGGGAGUCGCCGACGCUUCGAUCAAAAAUUUAUCUUGUACCCUGUUCAUGUCAAAUAGCAUAAAACAAAUAGACAACAAAAAUAUCACAAAACCAAACCCCACGAUACAUUUUUCAGAUCUGGCAGAAACCAUCGAAGAAAUUUGUUUGAAAAGGCUUAGACUGCAAACAAAAUAGAAAACCUUGUCGAUUCAAAAACCUGAAAAAGCUCGAAUGGCGAGGGGAUCCUCACAGUCGCAGACGGCUUCAGCAGUGACGAGGGGCGGCCCUACGGGUGCGGCGCCGCGCGGUACCGCAGCCGCAACGGCCGGACUCCGGCGCAGAAGGACCACGGGGGCCGGUGGAAGUGGAGGCGGCGGAGCUUUUGGUGGCGGCGGCGGUGGACCGAGCAAUAUGCUGAGGUUUUACACAGAUGAUGCCCCAGGACUAAAAAUUACGCCCACGGUUGUAUUGGUGAUGAGCCUCUGUUUCAUUGGCUUCGUUACCGCCCUCCACGUCAUCGGCAAGCUCUAUCGCUACAGGUCUGGGGGAGCUUGAUUUUUAAAUUUUCGUUAUUGAGGUUUGCAAGUUUUAAAUCUACGUUGUUGCCCUUGUUCUUGUUUUAAAGUAAAAGCUUGUUUGAUUUGUUUCUCAUUUGCCCCCAAUCUUCUCUUGUUUGCUUGGGGUUUUUAAGGGUUUGUAAGUUUUGUCAAGGGCAACAGGCCGUGCAAUAUUUUGUCUGCUUUUGAAAUUAGGGGAAUUUGGCCUGUUUUUAAUGUAUUUGGCCUCUAGAUCUUGUAAAUCGAAACUUUGUUCAUCAGAUGAAUGACAAUGAGGCUGGUUCACUUGGGGCA